UUCAGUGUUGGGGGCAUUUCAUCGUAAAUCAUCUGUUCAGUUUGGCUACAUCAACACCAGUGACCUCGUAACAUACGAAUAUUCAUGUGAAUUACGUAUACAAAGCGCACGUGACCAUUUUGCUCAACAACGGAUUCCAUUAAUUUUGCGGCAAAAAUUUUAGUGAUUCGGAAAUCAUGGAUUUAUCAAUUUACAACGUCCUGUUUGCUGUGUUGCUUUGUGUGAAGUGCACUUCUGCCUGCAGAAAUGGAUGGUACGGCGAUGAUUGUAAGUGGAGAUGUCCAUCCAACUGCAGGGGAAACGUGUGUGACGUCACACAAGGAACGUGUUUUAACUGUACGGACGGAUGGACAGGAAAUUACUGCGACCAGCCAUGCUCCGUGGGUACUUUUGGUAAAGAUUGUGGGCAAGUGUGUAAAGGUCAUUGUAACGACGGCUGUAAUCACGUGACUGGGGAAUGUGACAAGGGUUGUGAGGACGGCUGGCACGAAAAAAACUGCACAAUUGUCUGUCCUCAAGGACAUCACGGACCUGUGUGUAAAUACGAAUGUGGUCACUGUAAAGGUGGUGUAGUGUGUCAUCACGUGACUGGACACUGUGUCAACGGAUGUGAGCCUGGAUACACAGGCCAAACCUGUACCAAAGCAUGCCCAAAUGGUUACUACGGCGAGGAAUGUGAGAAAUUCUGUAAAGUGGAUUCUAAGUGCAAUCCAGUGACAGGCGAAUGCUGCGGUUGUACAGAGUUAUUGAAGCAAGUUCAGGAAAAGGGGGAAGAAGUGGACAAGAUGCAUAAGACAAUAAUUGGAUUGGCCGUAGCCCUGGCGUUUUCACUCCUUUGCUGCUUUCCUCUGGGCUGCUGGUGCGGCUAUUGCAUCUUUCGGGACGACUAGAACGGCUUUCAUUAAAUUGAUACGUAUCGGAUCAGAAAUGUGAAGAAUGUAAAUUAAAUGUUAUCUAGUUGUGCAACGGCGUAUGUUUAAAAAGUCAGGUCUUUCAAAUUCAAGUACUGAUGUACAUAAUGUAUUUAACUUUCAUAUAGUAUUUUUUUCUUUUACCAAAACUUUGCAAUUUAUCUAUUUUUGAUUUUGUAAUCAUAGAAUAUCUCAACGAAAAUUUGUUUCUAGAGUUUCUAGAGCACUGCUAAAGAUAUUGAGUGUCACCUGUGAAAUGUUCACAAUUGUUCAGAAAAUGCAGCUUUUGUGUCAAUUUCUUUAUUGAAACGAAAUAUGUCAUCAAUGAACAGACAUAUUUUUGAUUAUGUCGUCUGUGAAACAUACCUAUCGGGAUUGUUUUGUAUGCCGUGUGUGCACCCGCCCAUCUGUCACACCCUAGAACUGUAUGAUACAAUGAUCAAUGACAUCAUACUAUCUAAAAGCGAUAUAUAUAUCAUAUACUGUACUUCACUGUUGUUAAUAUUGUCUGUAAAAAGUGUUUGCAUUGAUAAAUGUUUGGAUACUACUA